UUUCCCUCGCUAAAAUAAUAUACGCUGAGAAGAAGGGACUAGAAGAACUUCAUUCAAUAUAUAAAUACCUUCAAAUUCUUUUCUCUGAAAUCAGAUCAGUUCUCUGUUAUACAAAGCAAAGUAUAAUACCCCUAGCUUCCUUUGCUCACCUUUCUUUUUCAAAUUUGCUUUGUUUUUCUGUUCUGUUUGGUUGUGUACGAGGGAAAUGGCGGACGUGCAGAUGGCUGACGCAGAGACCUUUGCCUUUCAGGCUGAGAUCAAUCAGCUUUUGAGUUUGAUCAUCAAUACUUUUUACAGUAACAAGGAGAUUUUCCUUCGUGAGAUUAUCAGCAAUGCCUCUGACGCAUUGGAUAAAAUUCGAUUCGAAAGCUUGACUGAUAAGAGCAAACUAGAUGCUCAACCUGAGCUUUUCAUUAGGCUUGUACCAGACAAGGUUAACAAGACCCUCUCCAUCAUCGACAGUGGUAUUGGGAUGACUAAAGCAGAUUUGGUGAAUAACUUGGGUACAAUUGCAAGGUCUGGUACCAAGGAGUUCAUGGAAGCAUUGCAAGCUGGAGCUGAUGUUAGUAUGAUUGGACAAUUCGGUGUUGGUUUCUACUCUGCUUACCUAGUUGCUGAGAAAGUCAUUGUGACCACCAAGCACAAUGAUGACGAGCAGUACAUUUGGGAGUCUCAAGCUGGUGGCUCUUUCACGGUCACCAGGGAUGUUAAUGGAGAGCAACUCGGUAGGGGUACUAAAAUUACUCUUUUCCUUAAGGAGGAUCAGCUUGAGUACCUGGAGGAAAGGAGGAUUAAGGACCUUGUGAAGAAGCACUCUGAAUUCAUUAGCUAUCCGAUAUACCUCUGGACCGAGAAGACAACCGAGAAAGAAAUUAGUGACGAUGAGGAAGAUGAACCCAAGAAAGAUGAGGAAGGAAAUGUCGAGGAUGUUGAAGAGGAUGAGUCGAAAUCGAAGAAGAAGAAGAAGAUCAAGGAAGUUUCUCAUGAAUGGCAGCUCAUCAACAAGCAGAAACCGAUCUGGUUGCGAAAACCUGAGGAGAUCAGUAAAGAGGAGUAUGCCUCUUUCUACAAGAGCUUGACUAAUGAUUGGGAGGAUCAUCUUGCUGUCAAGCAUUUCUCUGUUGAAGGUCAGCUCGAGUUUAAGGCGAUCCUGUUUGUACCGAAGAGGGCUCCAUUCGAUCUCUUUGACACGAGGAAGAAGAUGAACAACAUCAAGCUAUAUGUUAGGAGGGUGUUCAUUAUGGACAAUUGUGAGGAGCUAAUCCCUGAAUACCUUGGGUUCGUGAAAGGUGUCGUGGAUUCCGAUGACUUGCCGCUUAACAUCUCUCGUGAGAUGCUACAACAGAACAAGAUUUUGAAGGUGAUUAGGAAAAAUUUGGUGAAGAAAUGUAUUGAGAUGUUCAACGAGAUUGCUGAGAACAAGGAGGACUACAACAAAUUUUACGAUGCUUUUUCGAAGAACCUAAAGUUGGGUAUUCACGAAGACAGCCAAAACAGGGCCAAGUUGGCUGAUUUGCUUCGAUACUACUCGACGAAGAGCGGUGACGAGUUGACGAGCUUGAAAGACUAUGUCACCAGAAUGAAGGAGGGCCAGAAGGAUAUUUAUUACAUCACUGGUGAAAGUAAGAAGGCCGUUGAGAACUCUCCGUUCUUGGAGAAACUGAAAAAGAGGGGAUAUGAAGUUCUUUUCAUGGUGGAUGCCAUUGAUGAGUAUGCGGUCGGACAGUUGAAGGAAUACGACGGCAAGAAGCUUGUCUCUGCCACAAAGGAAGGUUUAAAGCUCGAGGACGAGACGGAGGAGGAGAAAAAGAAAAAGGAGGAAAAAAAGAAGUCUUUUGAAGAUCUCUGCAAGACAAUCAAAGAUAUCUUAGGUGACAAAGUGGAGAAAGUUGUUGUCUCCGACAGGAUUGUAGACUCACCUUGCUGUCUGGUCACCGGAGAGUACGGAUGGACUGCUAACAUGGAAAGGAUCAUGAAAGCGCAAGCUUUGAGAGAUAAUAGCAUGAGUUCUUACAUGUCCAGCAAGAAAACAAUGGAGAUUAAUCCCGAUAAUGGAAUAAUGGAAGAGCUAAGGAAGAGAGCUGAAGCCGAUAAGAAUGAUAAGUCCGUUAAGGAUCUCGUACUGUUGCUGUUCGAGACUGCUCUAUUGACCUCUGGGUUCAGCUUGGAUGAUCCGAACACAUUCGCAGGUAGAAUCCAUAGAAUGCUGAAGCUGGGUCUGAGUAUUGAUGAUGACGAGACCGGUGGUGAUGAUGCGGACAUGCCUACUCUUGAGGAAGAUGAAGCUGAGGGAAGCAAGAUGGAAGAGGUGGAUUAAAAAAAUCAUAAUUAAUUUCACUUUUCUGCUUUCUGAUGAUUUCAUGGUUUUGGUUUUUGUCAAAAAAUGGAGUCCUACAGGGAGUUGUCUGUGUGUUUUCUCUCGUCUCUUUUUUCUUUUUCUUGCUGUCCAAAUGUUAUUAAUGAUCUAAAAUAUUAAGCAAAA